UGCGUCAGAGAAGCGCAUGUUUUCUCUGCGUGGUGCUGCGCAGCAGUGAGUCUCCUGAAUGAUAUGGCUCCAUAGUGAAGCAGCAUGGCGGAGCAGCCUCCUCUCUGGUCGGUGCAGACCGUUCAGCUCUCUGGGAUCGUUCUCUCUUCUCUGAUGUUCCAGCAUGUUAACACAGACUCAGACGUGGAAGGUCUGAUCCUCGGAGAGACUCGAUCUGACGAGCAGAUCACCAUCAGUGACUCUCAGGCUGAUCACAUCCACAUCGAGGAGAUAUACAAUAUCCAGAAUCACAUCAACUGCCAGAAACUGAACAGCUUCUACAGCAGCGUGGGGGACGUGGACGUGGACGCUGUGAAGACGCUCCUUGCCGACAACAAACUGGAGAAGGUGAUCGGCUGGUACCGGCAGCGCAGGAACUCAGAACAGCAGAUGACCUUCAGAGAAAAGGUCGUCCACGAGAAGCUGAAGACGUCUCUGUCCAACCCUCACAUGAUCUUUGUGCUGCUGACGCCCAGCACGCUAACUCCUCCAGGAUCCACUCACCGGAUGGAGUACGCCGCCUUCAUCUCACGCAGCAGGCAGUUCCUGAACGUUCCUGUUCUGGUCACUAACCUGGGUCUACUGGAGCAGCAGGCGUACUGGAAGGCCUCGGCUCCGUGCUCUGCAGCCGGUUACAACCUCACCAUGAAGAAGCACAGCUCUAAAUUCUUCUCGUCCAACGGGCUGCUGAGGGAAGUGAACGACGUGAACACCAUGAACGACUGCCUGCAGACGCAGCUGCAGACGGCGUGCGGCGAGGUGGAGGAGAGUGAACGUCUGGUGGAAACGCUGCAGGCUGAUGUUUCAGCUCUCAGGAGGAGACUCAGAGAGGAGAAGAAGAGUGGAACUGGAAAAGACGAUGAUCCGGCUGAGCAGAAGAAGAAGCAGCGUCUGCUCCACGAGGCCGUCAGAGUUCUGUUCAGCUCUCCUCUGUUCCACACGUUAACCCUCGACGGGUUUCCUGUCCCCGACGUCUCCACGGCAACUACAACAACACGGACGCAGUCAUCGGACACGACCGGCGCUCAGGAAACACUGCUGCAUCCCGUCAGGAUGGACUGUCGGAAGAGGCCGAGGGAGAGGAAACGCAGGAAGAGCCCGUCCUGAUGUGACCCCGCCACAAUAAGAGGACUCUUCAUAGUAAGUUCUCUGGUUGUAAUAAAGGAGCGACAGCAGCUCUGAUGAUCAACACGAUGGACAGAUAUUAAAGAUGAUAAAGAUGUUUCUGUUAAAACUGGUUUCAGUCGUUAAUUUAAUAAUAGAAAUGUAGUUUUAUUGUGGAGACGCGCUGAGGAAACAUUAGAGAAACAUCUGGCUGAUCUAUUUGACUUCAGGACGUCUCUGAAUACAGACAUGCUGAACAUCAAACACUCUACUGGAUUCAUUUAGAGAUUUAUAGAAGUGAUGAUUCAUGUUGUUCCCUUCAUGGUCUAGAGGUCAACAAGUUCACAACAAUCACUAUAUUCAAUCAACAAUACUUCAAAACCUGGACACAUGAAACCCAGACUAUGAGACUACAGAGACACAACUUUUCUUUUAUUAAUAUCAACUUUACAAACAGUCACACAGCUUUAAUAAACACUAAUCCAGAUGUUUGAUACCACAGAUGUUGGGAUCCUUCAUGAACUCUGGAUGUUUGUGGGUCACCGACAUGAAACCUGGAGAGACGGUGAGAGUUAAUCACAUCUGACUGUCGUUAAUAUAGAAUCAGUUCUCUAACGAGCAGAGCAGAGACAGGCUUUAUUAGUUUAUUAUUAUUUAUUAGAGCUAAAUCUAUAUCUCUACCUACAACACUCCAGAACCCUCAAAGAACUAUCCAAUAUCCCUUUUUCAUAUU